AUGAUAAUACUAUCAGAUGUCUUAAGCUCAAAGUUAUCAAUCUUUCAUCUCAUCUUACCAUCAUUAAAUAUGACUGAUGAAGUUAGACACCUGUUGAGACUCAUUGACUAAAAGUAGGAAGAGUCAUGUAUUUAAUAAGAAAUACUGAACUCUAAAAAGGGGCUUAUAAGAAUGUGAUUAGAGAAUUUGAAAUAAAAAAACAACUCCAUCAUAUCAAAUAAGUCAAAGAGAAAAUGCAAAGGCAAUUGGUAAAAAAUUUUACCACUUUGAAGCACAUGAAGUUUGUAAAUUUGUAACAUGUGACAAUCGUUAGAGUAUAUCCAAAAUGA